CUCUAUAAUAACUAGAAGAUCCGGAAAAUCGCAGCGACAGCGACAGCACCUGCGUAAUAUUGCACUAGUGUGAGUGGUGUGCUUGUACCAUUUUAUUUGUAUACAUUUUUUAAUCGCGACAAGUGCCGCAGCAUGACGUUCCUUUGAAAGCGUUCGAGGUGAGCUGUAGUAAGCGUAUUUAACGCGAGAAUCGAAGUCACCCUGGGAAAAAUUUACAUUCUGCGUGCGUUUUAAAGAAUUACGUACGCGUCCCCAGAUAUUAACAACAUGACAGCGGUAUAUCCGACUUUGCCGAAACUGGCGGUGAGAGACAGCCUCGACGACGACGACCUCACCGACAUCGACGACGAGGUGUUCAUCAGGGAUGGGAGAAACGGUGGAUUGAAGUUGGAUGAUGACGGAGUGAAGCGGCCCUUGAUGGCACCUCGUAGAAAAUCCAAAAAAUCUUGCAGCUUCCAGAGUCAUAAGGUCCCAUACAAGGCGUUCCUUGUGCCGUUAUGCUACGGAAUUACAGCCUUGAUCAUAGUGUUAGGCUUAAUUGUACUUUGUAUAUUUACCGCAAAUAUAUUCCCGAUGCCGUUAACUAUAUUGAAAAGCUGGCUGUCGCCCGAGCUGAAAGAGCCUGCGAAUGAAUCUGAGAUAAUUCCGUGUACGUCACUGUCGUCCAAGGUUUUAUGGACCAGAUCGUUGCCAAAGUUAAUACCUGAGGCACCUCUUAGGAGCAACGAUGUUAACUCUGAUGGAAUUGAGGAUAUUAUUGUGGGAUUUAGCACAGGUCUGGAUACAAUGGAUACGAAAUAUAUCUGUACUAUAUAUUUUGGGAGACAAACGCCAUGUCUAGGCGGUGUACUGGCGCUGAACGGUAAAACGGGCGAAACCAUCUGGACACAUUGGACUGCCCAUUCGAUAUUUUCCGUUGACUGUGGCGCAGACUUGACAAACGACAAGAUUAAGGAUUGCGUCAUAUCUGGACGCGGUGGAGUGCAAGCUAUUAACGGCCGUGACGGUUCCAACAUAUGGGAUAUACCACUUCAAGAUUCAGCUUCAGAGCUGCAAAUAACUUUGGACGUUUACGAUGCUAGAUUUACAGCGGAUAUGGACGGCGACGGUACUGGCGACGUAAUAGCGUCGCAUGCCGUCCAAUCGGACAACAUUCAAGCGAGCAACAUACUCGUGAUAUCGGGUAGAAGUGGUAAUGUCAUACGCAACAUUGAUUUACCGGAUACGGAACAGCUGUUCGUAGCCCCGCAAAUUAUAGUGCAUCCUGACGGAGAAAAUAUAUUUGUUCUGGCUACAACCAGUCAACAAGAUGCCGGCGGAUUAUAUAUAGUGUCCCAAGCUAAUAUAUUUUACGGUGAUUUGCAAUUACGAAAGCUUAAUCAUAACACCGGCAAAAAUGCACUGUUGCCACCGAUCCUAAUUGAUAUUACGUCGGAUGGAAUUGAAGAUAUUGUCGCCGCUAUGUUCAAUUCUACGAUUGUGGCAUACAACGGAUCCACGUUUGAACCUAUCUGGAAUUAUACAGUCCCCAAUUCCGAAGUAAUCAGCAUUCCCAUUCCCGGUUAUUAUAACGACGACGAUAUACCGGACUUUAUGGUGAAGCAUCAGAUAGGUACUGGUUUGGCCACGUACUAUUAUACCAUAGCCACGGUCAUAGACGGUCGUAAUGGACUGCCUUUGCUCGAAAAACCGAUGGAGGAUAGCUUGAGCGGGCAAAUGUCCGGUUUGUCGGUCACCGUCGACGGAUUUGGCAACGACUGGUUUUUGCAUUGGUCCACCGACUGUUUAAACUACGAGGGAGUCAAGGAAAAAUAUCAGUUCUUGAAAGAACAGAGUUUCAUGUCGCAAACGCGCGCCGAUCCUUGCUUCCUGAGAUUCAAUUCAACGCUCACUACGAGACUUCUAGCUUUGAGCCAGCACGUCGGUCCGCCCGGAGUGUCGUUGUACUUUUCGGAGGAUUGGAAGUCCCUGGAAUUCAAUAAUUCAGUCGAUUCACGAAAGGAAGAGGAAAAGUACCUGAACUCCUAUUCGGGAUUAAAAAUCCCGGACACUUACGCAAACAUACCGCUCGUUUCCGAGAGAUCGCCGGGAGUUCAUAAAAACCAUCGAAAAGAAAGCAUCUUCAAGCAUAAAGAUAAUAAUAUACUCGAGAUCGGCAAAUACGACUCGGAUGCAAUAUACGAAAACGUUGACGAAUUCAAGAGCCACAAGAAGCACAAUCCCGAGGACACCGUAGAGAAUUUAGACGUAGAUCAAGCAUGGAAGCAGGAUAACAAAUGGAUGGAUGACGAUAUGCAGACGGAUAAAGAAUAUGGUAGUAUAUACGAAAGUGAUAAUAGUAACAAUGAAGACGGACAGCAGAGUGUGGAUUAUUCGCAAGGUGAAGUGCGAGAGCAGAGGAGCAUUAUUGUAGCUAAGGAUCCAUAUUCAAUAAAUAUUUCUGACAAAGAACAUGGCUCCAAGGAAAUUAGCGAUUACCCAACACCCGAAUCGACGCAACAUAAUUUGCAGUUGGAUCACAAGAAUAUUAACACAGAGAAUAAGAGAGGAAUGAAGGAAAUCAAGAACAAGAAGAAUGGCUCGAUGAACAAACCUGAUACAAUGAAUGUAUUAAUGACGCCAAUUUCAAAAUCUCAAGAGGAGGUAUCGUCAACUAUGUCGAGCGAUAAAUCAAAUAUGGAAAGGACUACUACAAUACGGAGUGCAUUAAAUACGAGCGGAUUAACAGAAGUCAAUAUUAGUAUGGAAUAUCUGAACGACACACACACCGAUGAAUCAAAUGUUACUAAAAAUCAAAUGAUCACCAAUCAUCAAGAUGAAACUUCCACUACUAAGAAAGUCGUAGACGCGACACAGCGGAGACAGAUUUAUAAGCAUAGUUUUCCCAGCAUUAUCCAAGACGCGGAUGAUGACGCUAGUAUAGAAAAAAUAUUUAAACGGGAAUCAUUGAAAAAUCAAAGUAAAGGCAAGAUUAACAGAAAGCAAUUGCGAAUAUUGUCGUCGGUAAGUGAUAAAGAUUUUAAAAUAAGACAAAAACGAAAAACGAAACGAGACUCUGGAACCGACAAUUCUCGGUCGAGCGGUAUCAAUGGGAUUCAGAAGCAGGCGCCGACUGGUAUUCUGUUGCCAUCCAUUACCGAAUCCAAGGGAAGGACUUCGGUGGAUUUAGUGUUCUCUACAUUCUGGCUACCGUCGUCCGAAGUGUCUCUGAUUUUGUCGCAAGCGGAUCAGUGCAUUCGUAAAAAGAAAGCGUUGUUAGAGAGAGAUAAUAAAUUUGAGUAUAAGAAGGACGACGACAUCAUCAGCGAAUGUUUAGCCGAGCGGGGCAUUAAUUACAGAUUGUAUCAAGAGUCGAAGGAUAGGGAAAAUACCAAAAUCGCGCUUGGCCAAAUGACAAUAUACAGGAUGAAGUUAGAAUGCGUAUGUCCGGAGGAUAUGUUACCUAAUCAAACGUGCAGAAAUAUUUCGUCACGUCAGAGCUGGCCAGAAUAUCUAGGCUCUUUUGGAAACGGCUAUUUUAAGCCAUUGCGUAGAUUAAAUGUCUGAAGAAACUGCAAGGUUUUCGUCGAAUUAUAUAAAUUAUUGAGGAAACUUUCAUUGUAACGGUCUUUAAUGGAUUCGUUAACAGAUUAACAGAAUUAAAGAAUUAUCAAAUAGUCCCGUGCACUAUUUGCAAAAGUAUACAGUAACAAUCAUAAUUCUAAUAUCAAUUGUUAUAUAAAAGCAAUUUAUAUUAAUAUUUAUAUGCAGUCUUCUUCGCGAAAUAAAAAAGGAUGCAAAUAUAUGCGUAUUUGUACAUAUAAGAAUACAGUUGCUCUCGCAAUUAAAACCUUUAACGUUUAAUUUUGAAGAGAAUUUCUAUAAUCACAUAUCUGUUGAUCAUUUAUGAAUAAUUAAAAGUUUUUUUCAGAAUGCAGUUACGAAUGAAGAAGUAACUGUAUGUGCCAAAGGUGAUUUCAAUAACUCUUUAUAUAUACAAAUAUAUUAAAAUUUAUAACUUACGAUCGCAUAAAAAUGUUAAUAUAAUUAACGUUGAAAGUAUACGUUAUAUCAGUAAUAAGUUAAAUGUAACGAUCCCGCUAUCUAU